AUGGUCAAAUUCAGCUCGGGAGACUUGUCUUCCGAGGUCGAUGAUGUUGAUCCCAAUAGCUUGCCGCCAGCAGCACGUCCUAUUCAGGACCAGCCAACCAAGCCGAAUGCUGCCGGCGGUCCACCGAACAUGCCGCCACCUCCGGCACCUGGCCAAGUGCCGCCGCAGCCCGCUGGUGCCGCUCCGGAGCUAUCGCUAAGCUUUGGCGCCGGCAAGCCACCGACUGCAGCGGCACCAGCGCCGCCACGUGGCGUCAGUGCACCCACCAGUCCGGCCAAGUCGCGUGAGAGUCUCUUGCAGCGCGUGCAGAGUUUGACGGGCGCAGCUCGAGAUCAGGGCGCCUCCAUAUUGGGAGCUGCAGUUCAAAGUGCAACCCAACGUGCGCCCACCUUUGUGAAGGACAGAUACUUUACGCUGUUGGUGUUGGAUGAUCAGAAUACGGACUGGUCCAAGUACUUCCGUGGCCGGCGUUUGCACGGCGAUUUCGAUAUACGCGUGGAGCAGGCGGAAUUUCGAGACAUCAACGUGGUCUCCAGCGCAGAUACCGGUCCGGUCGUCACAAUGGCCGCCUAUCGCAGUGGCACCCGGGUAGCCCGUUCCUUCCGGCCGGAUUUCGUGUUGAUACGUCAACCGCCACGUGACGGUUCCAGCGAUUAUCGAUCGACCAUACUGGGCCUUAAAUAUGGCGGAGUACCCAGCAUCAAUUCAUUGCAUUCCAUUUACCAGUUCCAGGAUAAACCAUGGGUCUUCUCGCAUUUGCUGCAACUGCAGCGUCGCUUGGGACGCGACGGUUUUCCGCUGAUCGAGCAAACAUUCUUUCCGAAUCCGCGUGAUUUGGUAAGUGUACUAAACAUUAAGGGCUAA